UCCGCCCGUCGCGAGUAAAGUCCUGUUCUUUCUAGAUCUUUUGCAAUAAAAGUGUUUACAAUAUUGUAAAAAGUGUCAUCUUGUUGAUAAAAAAUAGAAAAAUUGAAGGAUCUUGUUGUAGUGCUCUUGCUUCCAGCUUUUUUGUAGUCGAGUAAAAAUCUUGGAAGUGAAAAGUCCCGAAAAAGACAAUCAUGGCAAGAGGUGCUUUGAAGAUUACAUUCUUAGUACUAACUCUAUGUUCGGGUGACGUACUAUGUCAGCUAUUUCAGUUAUUUGGUGCCAAUCCAAGCCGAUUUGCGAGUGAAAGGUAUAUGCGAAGUAGAUUUCAUAUGGCUGCAAGAAAACUUGGUUUGAACUCAUCAGUUUCUGAAAACUCAGAUGCUCUCGACUUCGUAGCAAUGGUAGACGAACACGAUUACCCCGUAGAAGAGCACUUAGUGACCACAGAGGAUGGCUAUGAAUUACACGUACACCGAAUUCCUGGCAGUCCGGAUAAACCAAAGGCACCAGGAAAACCAGUCGUUUAUUUUCAGCAUGGAUUAUUCUCAUCUUCAGAUCAAUGGAUUCUCAUGGGCCCGGAGUCUGAUUUCUCGUACAUGUUAGCCGACGCCGGCUAUGAUGUUUGGCUGGGCAAUAUACGUGGAAACACAUACUCCCGCUCGCACGUCAAGCUGUCACCGGACUAUGACGGAGAAUUCUGGAACUUCAGCUUUCACGAAAUUGCUUUGUUCGACAUACCAGCAACGAUCGACUACAUAUUAAAGGAAACGCAGCAGCCCUCGUUGAUUUACGUGGGCCACUCAAUGGGUGGAACCAUAAGUAACGUUUUGCUGUCCACCAAACCCGAGUACAACGAAAAAAUCAAACUAGUGAUUAAUUUGGCGACGACUGUUACAUGGCUCUCACCUCAUCAACCCACCGUAGAACUAAUUCUGCACCACGCCGACUCUAUAAAGGGUGCCUUGAACAAUAUGAAAAUUUACGAAUUACUUUCAUUAAGCGCAGCGACACCGAGGAUGAUAACCACCUUAUGCGGAGAAAAAAGCAUGUUCCGCCAACUUUGCGCGAUAUUUCAAAUGGAGUCCAUUCAAUCGGAUGUUAACAUGUGGCACAACUGGAUUUCCUCUUUUCCCGCGGGAACGUCGGCUCAAUCGGUCUUACACUACCUUCAGAAUAUAGAGUCAGGUAAUUUUGUAAUGUACGACUUUGGAGAGAAAGAAAACUCUCUGAAGUACGGACAGCCAGAGCCACCAGCUUAUGACUUGAGCAACAUAGUUGCACCCGUAGCUUUGAUUUAUGGGGAAGGAGAUUCCAUUAUUGCACCAGAUGACGUGAUUGAAUUGUCGAAACGACUACCGAACGUCGUGACGAUAGAAUCGGUACCUGAUCCGAAGUUUGGCCAUUUGGAUUUUGUAGUAGCUCAAGACAUAAAAAAACUGCUGAACAAUCGCCUCCUGGAAAUUAUGGAAAAUUCACUCAAGCAGUGAGGGGGUUACACAAUAAUAUUGUUAAGAAGAAAUCGAUUUUUCUUAGCUUUGUAUAAAAAA